CUUACAUGAUUUUUCCACUCUGACACCUGAGAGAACCCUAGAAUCUUCUGUGAUGUCACCAGUGUUGUGGUGACACCAACUGCCUGUGGAGUAUUCCUUCAGAGCUGCUGGGUUCACAAGCAGUCAUGUUGUCCAUGCUGCGCAGGUUAUUUCGGAGGGAUGAUAGACUACAACCAGAGACCAGACCUAGGCAGAAGACAUUUCAUCAACCAGGAAGAAGGAUAUGGCUCUGGAGAAGACACAGGUCUGUUGGGGAAGAAUCAUCCCAAGCCUACACCAUGAGUAAGCAAGAGCAGAGAAUGAAGAGGUUGGAGAAGCUCAAAAGGGAUCUUGAGAUGAUGAACAAGGAGAGAGACGAACUCCGGGGAAUCCUGGCACAUUAUGCUAACAGGGAUUUGAAUAACAGGACCAACUUUGAGAACAUGAUGCUUGAGAUGCAACACGACCAGGUAAUGACCGAUCUCAAGAAAAUUCCUCAGAAGAUCAGUGAGGCCUUGUACAAGUGCAAGGAGCUGACUAAAGAAAAUCAACUUUACUGCAUCAGGAACUGUCAGCUCCUGACAGAGUCUCUUCAUAUAAAGAAUCAAGUAAAAAUUCUGUGGAAUGAGAACAGGCAGCUGCUAAGGGAGCAGAUUGCACUGGAAGAGUGUACUAAGAAAACAAAGAGGCUGUGUGUGGAGGCCAGCUUGAAGAUAUACGACAAGUAUACCCGUAAAACAAAACACUGUUGUACAUGGAGGUGA